AUGUCGGGAAGAGCCGAGUGGGCGGAGAAGAAGCCGGUGGCGUUCUGCCGGGCUCGGUUCAGCUACACGGGCAUGGAGAAGGGUGACCUCACCUUCAGCCGCGAUGAAGUGCUCCUCGCGUGCCCUCUCUCCCUCGCCGCCUUCGUCCACCGCACCAACCCCGCCCCCGUGGUGGGGCGUGAGCGGGGCGGCAGCGGGUCUGGAGAGGCCACCACUGUCAGCGCGACCGGUAGCCUUGGUCGCGGGGUGCGGUGGGUGCUCGCCAUCCACCCCGACGGCGAGUGCGGGCGCAUACCGGCGAACUACGUCACCCCGCUUGCCGACGAGGAGGUGAUGCAGAUGAUGGAUCGAGGAACGCUGGGUCAGCUCAGCAGCCUGUUCGAUGACCUACGCCAGGAGGCGGCGGAAGAGCGGACCGAAGGGGAUCAGAACUGA